AUGGUGAUUGGACCGACGUUUUGUGAAAUUCGGGCAGGCGCUCGCGUCGCGGCGGACGUCGUCGGCGCGGAGGCGUCGAGAGAGUUGUCGACGCUGAACUUACGGGGUGGGGAGUCCGGUGGCGCGCGCGGCGCGGGACCCGCGGGUGGGGCGGCGGCGGCGGCGUCGCUCGCGCAGGUGUAUCGCGCGACGCUGGACGGAGAGACGGUGGCGAUCAAGGUGCGGCGACCGGGCAUCGAGGAUGUGGUGGACGCGGAUUAUGCGUUACUGCGCCUGGGCGCUUGGUUGGUCGAGCGCGUGGGGGGGGUGCGGGCGCGCGCGGUGGACGCCGUGGACGAGUUCGCGUCUCGGCUGUACGAAGAGAUGGAUUUUAGACGCGAGGCGAGCAAUCUGAAAAAGUUUGACGCGCUCUACGGCGAGCGCGGGAGCAAGGCGAAGAGUUUUCCGAAACCUGGGAUCAAGGUACCGCGAUUGAUCGAUAAGUACGGCGUCGGUCGACGCGUGAUCGUCACGGAGUGGAUCGAGGGCGAAAAGCUCACCGGCGGAGCCAAUCGCGCGGUGUCGAGCGACGACUUGCCGUACGUCAAGCUCGGCAUCGCGUGCACGCUGAGUCAGUUGAUCGAGACGGGGGUCAUGCACGCCGAUCCGCACGGUGGGAACGUGUUGAAACUCCCGAACGGGGGCUUGGCGUACCUCGAUUUUGGACUCGUUUCUGAGGUCCCGCAGCAAGUGCGAGACGGUUUGGUCGCCGCCGUGGCGCUGUUGAUUUUCAGUCGGGACUACGCCGCCGUGGGGCGCUUGUUCGGUGAACUCAUGCUGAUACCACCAGAAGUCAUCGAAGACGAGACGGAGAUGCGUGAGCUCGAGCGAGCGCUCGAGGAGGCGGCGAACGCGACGCUGAAAUUUCCCGAGGAUGGCGGCGUCCCGGACGUUCGAUUCGACCAACUCCUCUUCGCCCUCUUUGCCCUCGUUCCGCGGUUCAAGUUCGUCUUACCACCGUACUUCUUGAAUAACGCCCGAGCUCUGGGAACGCUGGAAGGAAUGGCGAAAUCCGCCGAUCCAAAUUUCAACAUUCUCGCCGUGGUCUAUCCGUACGCCAUGGCGCGAGCGCUCGCGAAUCCGGACCGAUCCCCGGUGAUCCGACGCGUCAUUCGCCAGCUCGCCACCGACAACGACACCGGCUCGCUCUCAAUGAAGAAACUCUUCGCCAUGCUCUCCGACGUGAGCGCGUUCACUGGAACGAGUAAGUUCAGGGUCAGCCUCGACGCGCUCAAAUCGACCGAAGGUCGGUCGCUCGUCGCGGACGUCCUCAAAUCCGAGCUCGCGCGCGCGCUCACCGCGUGCGUCGCCUUCUUCCGCCGUCGCGGUAACCCACCGACGAUUCAAAACGGCGGUGUCUCUUUCGCUUAG